GAUGGAGACAACUACAACAGUUCCUCAUGGUAACAGUUCCUCAUGGUGAACACAGGGAUAACCUUCAUGGAGAGGAAGAACUUGGUUCUGAUGGAAACCACAACCAGACCUGAUCAAUUGUACAGUGAUGAUGUAUUUGUGAUAGAACCAAGUGAAUCCUGUGAUUUUGAGAUAGAUCUGUCUGAUUGUAAUACUGUCAGGACAUCAGACAUGAUUCAUACAGGAGCAAGGACAUUGCUGGCCUCUUCUGAUGCAGCUAUGGAUGGAUUUGAUGACGGUUUCAGUUCAGAGGAAGAAACUAUUGUGCAGAUUGAACUUCAAAGUGAUGUUACUGGUGCUGCAGCAAAUCAAACUGUUCUGAAAGAAAGAUCACUUGAAACACACAACAGUUCAUUAGAAUGGCCAGUGAUGACCAGUUCUGAUGGUGCCACUGUUCAUGAUGAUGUAUCAAUUUCAGUUUGUGGUGCAAUUCACAAACCAGAACAAGCACCCAUACAAAAUUUGAAAUCAGCAUGCUCAAGGGGCAUAUCCUGUUCAUCAGAAGAGCAAGAUAUUUCAUCAGACGGAAUUAUGAGAACAGCAAAAGUGAUUCAGGCAUCAAGCCACCGCGAAGAAAUGUCAAGUUUAGAAGAAGGUCUUUCAUGUGAUGGAUCUGGUUCUGGUCAAAGAAUUAAUCAAGCUCAAACCCAACACGUCUAUAAGGUGCUUCGUGCAGACCCCUCGAUUAGAGUCAGCUCUGACCCCUUGUCUGUCUUCAGUGAUCAUGUGACUCCGGAGACAUGUUACGAAGCUCCACAGACUGCCCAAAGUUGUGACAAGUGCCAGUUGAAUUUCAAAUCUGCAGACCUUUUGUUGAAGCAUUUCUCUAAAGUCCACAGAAAGGAGGAAAACAUAUUUGGAAUACGAAAGAGGAACACCCAUCAUUUACCGCAUGCCUCGUCUUCACUCAAUGAACUCCACUGGUCUGAAAGAAAGAAAGGAUACCAAACUCUUCAAAAUGCCCAAAGUUGUGACAAAAGUGAUUUGAGAUCCAGUUCUCCAGAAAUGUUGCAGAAGCAUUCAGCAAACGUGGAAGAAACUGGCAUUUUCAAACAUACGAGAAAACUUAACUGUACAAUCUGUGGUGAGGUUAGCAUGUCAAGCCAAGCCCUACACAAGCACCUGCUGAUGCAUGCUGGUAUCACAGCAUUCGACUGUGACGGUUGUGGAAAAGUCUUCACAUCUGUAUCUGACUUAAGGCAACAUCUUUGUAUUCAUCAGAAAACAUUAAAGAAUCAAGAGUAUAAAUGUAAUGAAUGUGGUAUGACCUUUGCAGAGUAUGCUAGAUUGAUGUAUCAUAAGAAAAUAAAACAUCAGGAUAAAUAUUGGCAUGGCUGUAAGGUGUGUGGUAAAACAUUUCCAGCAGCUGUUCGUCUUAAAUACCACAUGCUAGUGCAUUCUCAGAAGAGAGAUUUUCAUUGUAGCAUCUGUGAGAAGAGCUUCAAAUGCAAAAGGUAUCUUGAUAAUCAUAGUUAUUCACACUCACCAGAUAGGCCAUUUGCGUGUUCUGUGUGUGACAAAAGAUUUAAAAGAAAACAAAGCAGAGAUGUCCAUGAGAUGAAACAUCUCUGAAUGAUCCCUUGUCUAAAGUCUACUCAUUAUUUGUCUUCAAUCAUCCAGGAAAGAUACCAAACUCUUCCAAAGGCAUAAAGUUGUGACAAAUAUGAUUUUAGUUCUACUUCUCCAGAACUGCAGCAGUAGCAUUGUGUAAGGACCUAUGGAAUCGGCUCGAAGACCAGAAUUGUGACAAAAAUCUUAGAACUAGCAUGACUGUGCCAUCUGUGGUAAGGUAUUCAGCUCAAGACUAAGCCUGGACUAUCAUUGGUUGAUUCAGUCUAGUGUCAAACCACGUUUGCAGAAAAGACUUCACAAGAGCAGAUAACCUGAAAGUGCAUGGCAAUGUUUACCGGAAGAAGCAGCAUCAAAAAUUUAAAAAGCCAUAAGACCAGAUGAAUCCUUUAAAAACUAUGGAAAGGAUCCCUAAGGGCAUGAAUAUAAUCCUCAGGAAAAUGAAAAGGAUCCAUAAGUAAAAUUUAGAGGAUUCUCAGACACGACGAGGAUAUUCAGGAAAAUGUGAAACGGAUCCUCAAGAAAAUGAAAAAGAUCCUUAAGUAAAAUUUAGAGGAUCCUCAAGGACAUGAACAGAAUCCUCAGGAAAAUGUGAAAAGGAUCCUCAAGAAAAUUAAAAGGAUCCUUAAGUAAAAUUUAGAGGAUUCUCAAAGACAUGAAAAGGUUCCUAAAGUAAAAUUUAGAGGAUCCUCAAGGACAUGAACAGAAUCCUCAGGAAAAUGAAAAGGAUCCUCAAGAAAAUGAAAAAGAUCCUAAAGUAAAUGAAAUGGAUCCUAAAUCAAAAUUUUAGGAUCCUCAAGGACAUGAAAAGGACCCUAAGGUAAAAUUUUGAUAAACCUCAAAGACAUGAAAAGUGUCAUCAGAUGGAUAUGGAGGUCCUGGAACACCAGAAGCCACUGAAGGAUCUGAAAUCUGCCGAACAUUCUGUGUUAUAUGUAAUAAAAAAUACUCAACA